AACACAUGGGAACCAGAAGAAAAUAUUCUUGAUGUCCGUUUAUUGGAAGCAUUUGAAGCCAGUCAGAGCAAAGACCACACAAGCCCACGCAAAGGCCAUCGUGGAAAAAGGGAACGAAUGGGAUACGAUGCUGGUCAUUAUAAUGUUGGAAUUGCCCAUAGUGAUAAUCAUAUCCCAGUAGAAGAAAACUCUACUAAUUCAUUGGAUCAAGAUGCACUUGAUUCAGGAGACAGACAAAUGCAUUUAAAUGACUCUUGGCAACAGGGUAGUAGUAAUGAACAACAAUCUGGAAGCCUUUUGGUUAGUAUACCUCUACCAAUUGUUAAUGCAACUGGAAAUUCAGAACCUCCUCUAAAGGUUCCAAAAAUCAAUAACUUGCAUUCUGCAUCAGAAAAUACAUGGGACAAUUGUCCAUCCUCUCCCAGUAGUCCUGAAUGGCACAUUCCAACUUCAAAUUCAUCUUCACCUUCUGAGUGUGCUGGUGAAAAUGAGGGACCAGAUGUGAAUAAUGUUAUUUCUCAAGAUAAUGUGCAGUCUAGUUCUGAAUCAUCUAACUGUAGUCUUUCACGAACUAGUUUUACAGCUGAAGAGAAAGAACCUGAAGUUCAGAAAUCUUUGAAAAUUGAAUCUAAUGAGAAAGCUAUCUCUAUAAAGCCAGCUGAAGACAGUGAAUCUUUUCUAAGUAGCGGCAAAGAUGAAUGCUCUAUAGAUGCAACUGAUGGCAUUUCAAUUAAUCGACUGCAAAAAAAUUCAAAUGAAAAUAUUGUAGAUGAAUCCAUUAAUGCAGCUGCUGGUGGUGAUGUUUUUGAUGGAUCGGUGACUGCUGCAAAUGGUGAGUCAAUAUCUGAAGUAGACCCAAUACCUGAUACACCUGCUCUUUCUGAUGACUUUUGGAAGAAACAGAAUCCUUUAGUUGACCAUGUGUUGAUUACAGAUGUGACUACUAAUCUCCUUACUGUCACUGUUCGUGAAUGUGAUACAAGUUGUGGCUUUUUCAAGGAUAGACCUAACCCAGACAUAACUAGUAACUCUCCUAAAUCUAAUGAAGGCCACACAUUAUAAGUCACUUUAUUUAGUUCAGCAUUUAUUAUAAUUAAUUAUCUAUAGACAAUCAAAGUGGCAUUUAAACUUUGUAAUAUAAAUGGUAUUUUAUAUAUGAUUUUGGGAUGUUGAAAUGCAUUUGAGUCAUGCCAUAAUCAAGUUAUUAUGUGUACAAAAUGUAAUUUUUUUUAACCUUUCGCAGAUUUUAUUCAAAAAUAGUUUUGUUGAAUCAUUUUAUAAAAUUAUUUUAUUGUUUUUUUAAAUUAGAAUAUUGGCUGUUUAAUAUUAAUUUAUAUUAAAGUUUUUUGUUAUAAAGUCUACUUUGAAUUAGAACAACAUUUGCCAUUAAAAAAAGAAAAAAACUCAGUAAAGCUCAAGAAGCAUUUUGUAUGAAAAUAUGCUUAUACUUUGCUGAGAGUUUUUAAUUGUGUUUUGAAGAAAAUAAUUCUUGAAUAAUAAAAUAAUCAUAUUUAGAAUUGUAUGUAAGAUUGUCUUACAUUGCUCAUUAAGUCUGUGUUUGAAACAUUUAUGCAAAUGAAAUAGCUGAUAGCUUUCUAAAUAUACCAUGAUGGCAUUUGAUAUUAUAGGGUUUAUUUGAAAAUCUGGUAUCCCUAAUGUAUUUUGGGCAGUAUUUCCUGACACUAAAGUGUUAAUGUUUCAUUGCUUGUCAAAAUUAUAGGGUAAUAUAAAAAAAUUCUAACUGAUUUAAGUUUUCAUUAAUGGCAAUUGAUGUAAUUGUUUGUUAAUUUUCUGCUACUAAUUGCAAAAUUAGAUUUCUGAACAUUGAUUAAUGCAUGAAAUAUGCAAAUUAGCAAUUAACAAUGUGUUGCAGAGUUGGUGCAUAUUGGAAUUCAGGUGUGUAGUGUUGUUAAGUAAAUGUUUUUGACAGCA